CAAGAUGUCCUACAUGACUGGCGUAAUGGAUGUAAUGAUGUAAUCGUGUCAUUGCAUUUUUGUCAAUGCAUCGGUAAAAUAAAUAAAAUUUUUGAUGCCUAAAAUAUUAUAUGUAUCUGGUGAAAUAUUGAUACUGUGAAAAAUAUGCAGCAUGAUGACAAGGACACGGACAAGGAAAAGACGUGCGAAGUGCUAGUUAACCCUCAACAAUCGUCACCCUCAUGCCCGGGAUCACUCCCAAUGCAUGGCAUAGGGCUAAACAGGCAUCUUGGUUUGGGGACAUGGAAUGUUGUUGGAGCCGAUUGCCAGGACAUCCCUUUGGCGGGAAGACGACUCAGUUUUGGCAAAUUACGAUGACAAUGGAUUAUUCUGUGGAGGCAGACAGGUACAAUGGGAACUAAAUGGUGGUAAAUGUGGAAUUUGUGGUGAUGAUUACGCUCUUCCCAGGCCGAGGCCUAGUGAAUUGGGAGGCAUGUACGAUUUUGGAAAAGUUCCCAGGAAGUAUCUCCAAGGCGGACAAAUGCCUGUAGGAGUAAUGUUGACUGCCAAUCAUCUAGGAUACUUCAAAUUUGCUCUCUGUCCAGUAGAUGUUUGGGGAGAAGAAUCAGAGGAAUGUUUUGCUGCAUAUCCUCUCAAUCUUACUACUGGUGAGGAUCGUCUGCCUGUACCCACAAGCGAGGUUGGCUGGUACAAUGCCACUUUACAACUACCGGAAGAUGUUACUUGCAGACAUUGUGUGGUUCAAUGGACAUACAUCACAGGUAAUUCUUGGGGAAUCUGUCCAUCCGGAGAAGGAAAAUUGGGUUGUGGACAAGAACAAGAAAAUUUCAGAACAUGUUCUGACAUUGCUAUUUUCAGUAAAGAGGCACAUCAAUGGUGGGAGGAUAUUGUACAUGCUCAUCAAGCCAUUUAUCCAAAUCCUGAAAUCAACGAAACACAAGACAAUGAAAUUCCAGAGGUAAUUGAGGACAUUGUUGCUAGAUUUCUUUUAAAGUUGCGACACUAGGAGUUCAUAACUAGAACUGUGAAGAAUUUUUGCAUUUUGAGCAGUAGAAUGAUUUUACUGAUUGAUUACUUAGUCUUUAAUCUAAUUUCAUUGCUUGAAUUAGCACUUUUUCCCUUGAUUUGUAAAUAUUAGAA